GUAGAGUCUAGAGAUGACGACAACAAUUGCCUUUUCGUGCGGUUAGCUGUUGGAGGACAACAAGUAAAGGUGAGCUUGUUUGCGAUAGAACAAGUUUCGAAAAAGGAGUACGAUCGCGACAGCAAGUGUAUAAAUAAGGAUGAUUAUGACAGAGAACGAGACAAAAUCGAAAAACGAAAUAAAGAAGCCGUCCACGACAAUCGGAAAGGGGAUGAUCGAAAAGACCGUGAAGAACGCUCCAGGGACAAGUAUCGGGAAAAGGAUUCUAAUCACGAUAGGGAAGCUAAAAAUGAUGAAUUAUGGGUCCGUACCGAUUUGCUGGUUCGGUUUAUCGACGAAAAUUACAAGAAAGGCAAAUAUUUCAAAGAAAAGAUGCGGGUAGUAGAUGUAGCAUCACGAAAGGACAUUUCGUUAGAAGACUUCUCAUGGCAAGAUGCAUUACGGAAUCCGGCAGUCAUCUCUGGAGACCGUUUUACCACGGCUAGAAAAAUCACGUGUAAUGAUUGUACGAGGUAA